GUCAGGGCAGACGGAUACAUUCUCCCCGCACUUCACCCCAUGCCGAGGCAUCGCUCCACGGCAGAUCAACAUUGGCCGGCAAACUCACAAUUGGUAGAGGGGCAAGACUUCUUUCUGUCUUCUUUGAGGCAAUAUGUUUCCAUCCUCAAGUUUCCUCGUCAUUACUCAUUUUCAUAUUCUUUUCUUCUUGUUCUGCAUUUUGGGUUACUAUCAAGUAUGGGAUCCGAGCGAGCAGUCCCUGUCGUGGUUGGAGUUGGCGACAUCAAAAACCGCUCUCAAAAAGUGGAAGAUGCUAUUGAGCCCAUGAAAAUGAUGGUCCGAGCCACUCAAGCAGCUAUCAAAGACACUGGUCUGUCACAAUCUGCGGCCAAAGAAUUGCAAGCAAACAUUGACAGCGUCGGGGUUGUUAAUACCUGGUCAUGGAACUACUCAGACCUGCCAGGAUUGAUAUCGGAGAAUCUUGGAAUCAAACCCAAAUACAAGGGACUCAGUCAUCAUGGAGGAGAUUCCCCAGCCAAGUUUUUCGAUGAAGCUGCAAGGAGGAUAUCGUUGUGUGAGAGUAAAGUCGCGAUCAUAACAGGCGGGGAAGCCCUUGCGUCAUUGGGUGGAUAUGCCGCUGCUGGAAUAAGUCCUCCUUGUACUGAGGCAGAUGAAAGUGUGAAGGCUGUGUCAGUUGCUGACGUUUCGAGAAUGAGGGCAAGUAUUGGAACACUUCAUUCAAUUGGGCUGCCCAUCCAUAUUUACCCACUCUAUGAGAACGCAUUCAGAGCCCAUAGAGGACAGUCUAUCUUGGAUAACAAUAAAGAGUCAGCUGAGCUGUACGCCGAUUUUGCAAAGGUGGCUGAAGGAAAUACGCUCGCUUGGAAUUAUGGCAAGCCAGCUGCAUCUGAAGCAGUCAUUGGAACUGUUUCCAGCACUAACAGGAUGAUAUGCUUUCCAUAUCCGCUCCUGAUGAAUGCUUUCAAUAACAUCAAUCUUGCGGGAUCAUGUGUUUUGACUUCGACUGAAUACGCGAAGGAACUCGGGAUUCCCGAGAGUAAAUGGAUAUAUCCGCUAGGAGGAGCAGGUUCCAGUGAUGACCCCGACUCGGCCCAACUUCCAUUCAAGCCCCGCCAUCUCCAAAUCGCUGGACGAGGGGUUGCGAGUCUCAGGUGUGACGAAAGACGAGAUAGACAUCUUUGAUUUCUAUUCAUGCUUUCCGAUCGUUCCUAAACUGGCAUGUCAACAUCUCGGCUUUCCUCUGACGAAACAAGCGAAGCCGAUUACGCUUUUGGGUGGAUUGACGUCCUUUGGUGGAGCGGGGAAUAAUUAUUCGAUGCAUGUGAGUAUUGCAAAAACACUGACUUGGCGUUACUGAUAUGUCUAGGCCCUCACAGAAAUGGUAAGAAAGCUGAGAAAAGGGGAAGCAAAGAAAGGGUUGGUCCUUGCCAAUGGUGGAAUGGUCACACAUCAAUACGUCAUGUGCCUCUCAUCACAGCCUCAAAAGUCGCCAUAUCCUAAACGCAAUCCGCUUCCAGAACUUCUGAAGGACGACCCUGUGCCCGAAAUUGAUGAUAAGGUGGAAGGUGAAGCCGUUCUUGAGGUAGGGAAAUCGAUCUUGGGAAGUGUUGUGCUGACCUGCAUAGACUUACACUGUCGAGUUCGAGCGAGAUGGAACUCCACAACUGGGUCAUAUCAUUGGGCGCUUAAAAAGUAAUGGCCAUCGCUUCCUGGCGAAUCAUGCGGACGACAGUACUCUGCAGCAACUGUCAAGUUAUUCGAAAGAGCCGAUUGGAAGAAGUGGAUGGGUAAAGACAGGGGAGGAUGGAAGAAAUUUGUUUAGUUUUGAUCGAAAAGGGUUGUUGUAAUAUUCUGAGAGGUUCUGGGUGCAUUAGAGUGGCUUGAGAAGAUGAGAAGUCUUUGUGCAAUAUCGAAGGAGCACUUUUGGUAUAAUGCAGGAUGCCGGAAUCAAUGAGGAUGACUGAUACACUGCAACAUGACUCUGCUGGGAUGGGACGAAUUAAAUGCUGUAGUCUUUGGCUCGAGCAAAAAUAUCCCCAAACUCAUGAGGAAGUUGUGGGCCUUGGAAUCUGUUUUCUAGCAGAGCUGAGACAGACCUCGAAUUAAAUGCAUGACGCCCUUGUCUUGCUGAUGAAGUUCGGCAUCUGGGAUAAUGCUGUGCCUAACAAAAUAGUUUCUUGCGAGGGCAGGAAUAACU